AUGCUCGCUCAACGUGUUGGCGUCGCCGCUCUUCGUCAAGGCGCGACCAAGCCCUUCUUCGCCCAGAACAUCCCCAAGGCUGCUCUCGCUGCUGGAAUCUCUACCUCUUCCCCCCUACGCGCUGUCGGUUCUACCAAGGUCUCGCAGCAAGACGGCCACCAGAUCCUCGUCAACCAGCGCCUCAACCGUCCCGUCUCUCCCCAUCUGGCCAUCUACAAGAUCGAGCAGACAUGGUUCGGUAGCUCCGCCUGGAACCGAAUCACCGGCUGCACCCUCUCCGCGACCAUGUACGGCUUCUCCCUCGCCUACCUCGUCGCUCCUCUUGUCGGACUUCACCUCGAGAGCGCAAGCAUCGCCAGCUUCGCUGCUGGUCUCCCCCUCGCCAUCAAGGGCGGCAUCAAGUUCACGCUGGGCUUCCCCUUCGUCUACCACGCCAUCAGCGGCUUCAAGCACCUCCUGUACGACGCUGGCAAGGGUUUCGCCAAGACGACUAUUGUCCAGGCCGACAAGUACAUCUGGGCUGCCAGUUUCCUCGGCGCCAUUGGCCUGGUUGCUUUCCUGUAG